AUGAGCCAUGCCUUGAACUUAUAUCCAAAAGGAAACCCUUUCCCCAAAACGACAGUAAAAAGGCCUCCAAAUCAUAGUCCUAGAAGGAAACAUCCAUCUUCUUCUGCAACAUCCAUGAACAGCGGCUCAGCCGAGUUCGACGUUGUCGUUUCAGGCAACAAUAAUUCUUUACUAAUAAGUCUAAUCCCUUAUCCCACUCAGCAAUUUGACCUCGGCGACGCAAUCACUAUGCCGGAAAACCACUCUGUAAUGAGCCCUUAUUGUGCUCAACAAUUCGACCUCGACCAAGCAAUAACGAUGAUGGAAAACCCACAAUCCAGGAAACAGGCAGUCGCCGGUCUGGUUUCCGGCAUGCCGACGGUUAAUCAUGCCUCCGGUAUCUGUUCUGUUUGUAUGGAAAGUUUCGAGAAAUCCGAGGAAGCUGCUAGACGAGUUUCGUGUGGCCAUGUGUAUCACCAUAACUGUAUUACCGGUUGGCUCUUGAAUGGAAACUGCAAUUCCUGCCCUAUCUGCCGCUACGGAAUCUCCGGCUGA